AUGGCUGACGCCGCGCCCGAUACGGCGAAUCCAGCAUUCACCUCGAAGACUUCAGGCGGCAACAACGCUUAUCACAACUUUCAUAAUGACUUCUUGCACAUCCAAGAUCCUAACGAGCGCCGUCGUCUCGCGCUCGCUGAGAUCGACAAGGCUCCCUUCGGGUGGUACCAUGUCAGGGCUUGUAUCGUCGCCGGUAUUGGUUUCUUCACGGAUUCUUACGAUAUCUUCGCCGUUAGCUUGUUAAACACUAUGUUGGGAAUUGUCUACUAUCCGGAGCUGGGUAAACUGCCUAACUCUUCUGACAAUGCUAUCAAGCUAUCGACAUCUGCCGGCACUGUUGUUGGUCAAUUAGUCUUCGGUUGGCUUGCGGACCACGUUGGACGAAAGCGUAUGUACGGUCUUGAGUUGAUUAUCAUCAUCUUCGCAACUCUCGGCCAGGCCCUUAGCUCCGGUUCUCCUUCGGUUAAUAUCGUCGGUCUCAUCAUCUUCUGGCGUGUCAUACUCGGUGUCGGUAUUGGUGGAGAUUAUCCGCUAUCCAGUAUCAUCACCUCCGAAUUCGCUACCACGAAAUGGCGAGGAGCUAUGAUGGGUGCUGUCUUUGCCAUGCAAGGUAUUGGCCAGCUUGUCUGCGCAUUUGUCAUGUUAUUCGUUACUCUAGGCUUCAAAGAAGCACUGUCCGUUGCACCGAAGACUACUGAAUGCGACGGUUACUGUGCCGUCGCCGUCGACAAGAUGUGGAGGACUCUGAUCGGUUUCGGCGCUGUCCCGGCCUGCAUCGCCCUCUACUACCGAUUAACGAUUCCCGAGACCCCUCGUUACACCUUCGAUAUUGGCCGCGAUGUCGAGAAGGCUGCCGACGAUGUCAAGGCGUACAUAUCUGGCAAGCGGGAGGGUCACCCUGACGACGUCGCCCGUAUCCAAGCUCGCGAAGCCGCCCGGGCCCAGAUGACCGUCCCGAAGGCCAGCUGGAGCGACUUUUGUCGUCAUUAUUCUAUCCCCAAGAACGGUCUACUCUUGUUUGGUACUGCUGGCUCGUGGUUCAUGCUUGAUGUAGCCUUCUACGGCUUAUCUUUGAACAAUGCCGUUAUUCUAGAAGUGAUCGGCUAUUCCACCGCUACCGCCAGGAAUGUCUACGAAAUCUUGUACAAUACGGCUAUCGGUAACCUUAUCAUCGUCCUGGCUGGUGCCGUCCCGGGAUACUGGGUUUCGGUUGCCACGCUCGACACACUCGGCCGAAAGACCAUCCAGAUGGGUGGCUUCAUCAUCUUAACCAUUCUCUUUGUCAUCAUGGGUUUUGCCUACAACCACAUAUCCAGCAACGGACUGCUUGCCAUCUACGUCCUCGCGCAGUUCUUCUUCAACUUUGGUCCCAACAUGACCACUUUCAUCGUCCCCGGCGAGGUAUUCCCCACUCGUUACCGAUCGACCUCGCACGGUAUCUCGGCCGCCUCCGGUAAGAUCGGCUCUAUCAUCGGCCAGGGCGCCAUCUCUAUCCUUCGAACGCGCGGAGCCACUCAGGACAACCCUAACCCUUGGAUGGACCACGUGCUCGAGAUCUACGCCUUGUUCAUGUUCCUCGGCAUCUUCACUACGUUCUUCAUCCCCGAGACUAAGCGCAAGACCCUCGAAGAGCUCUCGGGCGAGGAUCAGCCCGCGCGCCUGCCGGCUGCCGAGGCUAGCAGCCAGAGCAAGACCGCAGAGUCUCUGUAA